AUGGCGGACAAAGACUGGUUGGAGAAUAAUCCACAAGCAGCCGUUGAGCAUUUACAGUUUGAAGAAUUUGAUCGUUGUCCUAUUAUUAUUCACCAUCCGAUCAUCCCUGAGUCUCUUAUUGAUUUAGGAGAUAGAUGCAUUUCUCAAGAAGAAGACCUAGAGUUGAUGAGAGUCCCUUCUGCGGAGGAGGUUAAAGAAGCUGUUUGGAGUCUGCAUCCUUUGAAGAGUCCUGGACCAGAUGGCUUCUCAAGCAUUUUCUUCCGAAGCUAUUCGAGAACGAACUUCAAUCAAUUUAGAUCUAUCAGCUUAUACAAUUUUGUUUACAAAAUUGUUGCAAAAAUUCUUGCUGGAAGAUUGAGUAAGGUGCUGGAUAAACUCAUCUCUCCUAAUCAAGGAGCUUUCAUCAAGGGCAGAUGGAUCGCUGAAAAUUUUGUUGUGGCCCAAGAGAUCGUUCACAAGGUCAGAACUCACAAAGGAAAAAAAGAUCUCAUGAUCAUAAAAAUGGAUUUGAAGAAAGUUUAUGAUAGUCUAGAAUGGAGUUUCAUAGACAAAGCGCUGGAGGCUUGGGUUUUCUCUGGAUGUCAGAUGGAUGCUACAAAACUACUCCUUUUGAAAGAAGAGGUACAAGAAAAACUUCAUGGGAUCAAGAUAACUCGAAAUGCACCAGCAGUUUCUCACCUUAUGUAUGCAAACGAUCUCCUCAUCAUGUGUCGGGCAGAUCCUCAAGAAGCUACUGUGGUCAACGAAUGCUUCAACAACUAUUGUAGCUGGUCAGGACAAGCAGCAAACAGUGAAAAAUCAAAUAUUCUUUUCUCUAAGUCCACAUCCCGACGUGAUAGGAAGGCCAUUAGAGACAUUCGGGGUUUCAAAGAAAUGGGUUCAAAAGCUGUAUAUCUAGGAAAUUCUUUCAUUUUCGGAAGGAACAAAUCGAAAGAAUUCUUUAAGCUAAAGGAAAGGAUUCAAAACAGACUGGAAGGCUGA